AGGUUAAGGAAGUCGAUUUGGGGGUUUCGUCUUAGGGUGGGAAAUCGAGAAGGGGGUUUCGAUUUCUUGGUCAAAAUCGACAUACGGUUUCUUUUUAGGGUUCGUUUAUCAUGGAUUUCAUUUCGAUUUGGGGGUUUCGUGUAAGGGUUCGAAAUGUAAAAGGGGGUUUUAAUUUAGGACAUGAAUAUAACCGGACUUGGCUCUUUUAGAAUUGUUCUGUGGUCUUGUGUGGUCUAUAGUAGUUUGAUGCGAUUUUUUUAAAUUGGAACUCGAUUAAUACAUGUAAUUGGAACUCGAUUGUUGCAGAUGGAAACUCCCCGAGAACCUCAUUUCUUCAAGCCUCUUCUUCCUGGUUUUCAAAGUGGCGUCGCAAUACCACUUGACUUCUACUCAAAACACAUACAAGGGGCUGAGAUCAAUAAACCAUGGAAGCUAAGAUCGGACGCUUCGGAUCAAAUUUGGGAGGUGAUCCGAGAAGGCAGGACACUCACCAAAGGUUGGAAAGAGUUCACCGAAGCACAUGAUCUUCGAAUCGGUGACAUUGUCAUCUUCAAACACGAAGGAGACAUGGUCUUUCAUGUGACUCCUUUUGGUCCUAGCUGUUGUGAGAUUCUGUGGUCCGACGCGGAUGAUGCUCCUACUUUCUCAUACGACUACUGCUUCUUGGCUGAGGUUACUCCUACAAAUCAAAAGGACGACAAAAUGUUUCUUCCUGUGGAAGCUAUGAGGUGUGGUGCUUUGAACCAACAAUGCAAAGAGGUCAAACUUGUCAACAAGGAGGGAAAGUCAUGGACUGCGCGCUUCGGAUUUAGCGAAUCAGACGGCGCAUAUUACAUCAGCAGAGGGUGGAGAAAGUUCUGUCGUGAUAACAGAUGCACCAACGGAGAUUUGUUUGUGUUCAACGUGGUUGGAGACGGGACGACAACUCCAUUACUGUGUGUAUGUCCGGAAAGGAAGGAGUGUACUGAACUACUGAUCAAGCACUUCAGCAGAAUCGAUGGUAGCAUUGCUUCUACCUCACGAAAUUAGAUGGCUCUUUUGCGGUCUUUCCUCUCUAUCAUCUUAACUUGUUUCUUUUUGUUUCAUUAGCAACUUAUCAACUUAUGUAUUUCGGUUUGUAAAACUUGAAUGGUUUUUCUAUGUGAACUUUUAUCCUAAGUUAAACAUUCUCGAACUUAA